AUGAUCGAAAUCAAUUUUAUCGAAAGUUUUGAAGAUGAUAUCAACCUUGACCCAUACCAAAUCGCUGAGAUAAUAUACCCGAAAAUGUCGGGUCUUUUCCUCAUCAUCGGCACUUCACCUUCAGGUCAUGCACGAUAUGCAUACCUCUUACGCCACAAGCCUCCCACGACGCGGCGCAUUGUAAAUCCCGUCGUAGUCGUCAAGGCUGGACGUGGUCAAUGCCCAUUACGCGGGAUGAUGCGUCUUUUUGAGAAGGAGAUUUGUUCUUGUAUGCACUGGCAAUUUGACCAUGACGAGGUGAUUUGGGAAUAUUAUUGA